UAUCGAUAUUGGCGACGACCUUCCAACUGUUACAACAAAAGUCAAUCCUACUACUCAUUUGGAUGGAACUAAUGAUGAUAUACAACAAAAACAAGAUGGUAACAAGUUCAAAUCUGGUGGUAAUACUGAUGCUACAGUUAGUCAAGAUCUUUCUUCUCUUUCAUCUAUAUCAAGUCUGUCUGGCGAUGAUGAUGUAUCAGGUGAUGAUGAUUUUAGUGGUGACGCUACCGGCAAUAAGAAAGGAAAACGAAAAAGACGACAUAACAAGAAACAAAAUCAAGAUACCACAAUGGAUACAUCUUUUACUGCUACUUCAAAAACAAGCGGGAAACUCUCUGCUCUACCGUGCAAAAAAGCUUGGAUGAAAAACUUUUUACAACACAAUGUGAAAUCUGAUAAUGGUAUUGGAAAAGCAACUUCUUUAGGUAAAGAGAAUGAAAAGUAGAAAAAAAAAAAACUAAAUGGGAUUAUAUAUUGAUUAUUCAUUUUUUUUUAUUUUUAUUAUUCUAGAUCGUACUGUGAUCAAACAAGAACAUAUGGAUGAUAAUACCAAUUUAUCAACGUUGAAGGAAUCGAAUAUAACAAGCAAAAACAUUAGUGAUGAUGGCAAUGAUGAAUCAACACAACAACCCAAGAAAGAAUCGAUGGACACAGCUACUAUUCCAAUAGCAACGACCAAGGACACAAAUAUGAAUGAUACAAUGGACAUUGAUUUGGAUGAUGGUGAAUUAAGUGAUGCAAGCUCAGCAUCGACAAUUCCAUUAGAUGAUGAUGAUCGGGAAUGGACUUUACGACCACAGCAACGGCAGAAAGGAAAACCAGUUGAAGCAUCUAUUAAAUCAUCGCAAGAAACAACUGUACCAAUAGCAUCAAGUCAAAACAAGGAUGAACAAGGAACAGUUACAUCAUCAACAUCUGUAGAUAGUGUCAAACAAUUGGAAGAAAAAGCAGCAAAGCAAGAUCAAACAACCACCAAAUUGGAAAGUGAUCAAGUCAAUAAACCAAAGGUCAAAGUGUCCCUUCAAGAAUAUUUAUCAAGGCGAAUGGCGAAUCAAGAUUCAUCAACAUCAAUAAACACAAACAAUACGAUACCAUUUACCUCAGAACAACAAAAACAACAACACCAUAUGGCGGAUAAUGAUCAAUCACGAUGAACUCACUUCAAUCAUUCUUUCACUAGUUUAUUUUAUUAUUUGAUGAUUUCCCCCCUUUUUUUUUGUAUAUGAUUUUUAUUAUCAUUUCUUUAUAUUCUGUUUUGCAUUCCAUCCAUC